UUUCUUUCUUAAGUAAACACUAUAUCCCCUUUAUUUUUUCCCGUUUUUCCCUUAUCAUUUACCAUCCUUACCUUUGCCUCUGUAUUUCAAUCUCUGCAAAAAAAACCCUAGCCCAACAUCAUCAUCUUCAUAAAAGCAAAUCAGUUAGGUUUUAACCGUGAAGUUCUGGUGAUUAUUUGUUUUUCCUUACCUGAAAAUGUCAUCAUUAAGGAAUGCUAUCAACAGACGUGCUCACAAGGAACGAGCUCAACCGUCAUCGAGGAAAAAAUUUGGGCUUCUUGAGAAACAUAAGGAUUAUGUCGUCCGUGCGAAAGCAUUCCACAAGAAGGAAGAAACGUUACGGAAACUCAAUGAGAAAGCUGUAUUUAGAAACCUGGAUGAAUUUUACUUUCAGAUGAUAAGAACGAGAACUGUGGAUGGAGUUCAUAAACCUGAGAGUCAGGCUAACAAAUACGCUCAAGAAGAACUCAUGCUAAUGAAAACUCAAGACAUAGGAUGUAUACUACAGAAAUUGCAAAGUGAAAGGAAGAAAAUUGAGAAGCUAACUGCAGUGUUGCAUUCUGUUGAUAAUCAUCCAUCUAACAGACACAUUUACUAUGCAAGGAACAGGGAAGAAGCUAGAGAAUUACAGUCACAAGCUUCAGAAAGCAGAGUUACUCCUCCUUCUGGUAAUAUCCCUGAUCUUAUUAAAAGGAAGACAGCUGCUUCUUACAGGGAAUUAGAAGCCAGGAAGAGUAGAGUGAAUCAGCUGGAGAAGCUAUAUAUGGAAAUGUCACUGAAGAAGGAAUUACAGAAAAAGGGUCGGAAGCGGAAACUCCGUGAAGACGAGUUAGUAUGUCCAACCUCCAAGCCAGUGUAUAAAUGGAGAUCAGAAAGAAAGAGGUGACAAAGAUGGUUGUGUUGGUGAAGGAGGCAAUUUGGCUUUAGCAGCUUUCCCCAUGUUUCUUGAGAGAUCUAAGCCAUAAAUAUUGAAAGUUUUGCAUUGUUAUGAUUUUCAGGGGCAUGGGACCAAUUAUAUAUGAUAUGAGAAUUAUUAUUACUUAAAUGAGUUAUUUAUUUAUUUAUUAUGUCUGAACUUAUUGAAUUCAAUUUAAUCCUAAAUACUUUAUAAUA